UUUUGAUUCAUUUUGAGAUACUGGUGUUUUGUGAUGCAUUCUUUUUAUAUAUCCACCGAGGGAUAUCAAUUAAUGUGUAUGGUAGAAAUAAUGCAUGUGAGCAGGAAACAACCAGCCAGCAGGAUCUGAUACUAGAAAAUUCAUGUACUGCUCAAUCGUUCACAUUAUGUUUUGUUAUCCAUAUAUAUAGUCAUAGAGAGGUAGAAGUAUCAUAAAUUUACUACCAGCAAUUACUUCGUUAACUCAAGAUGACUGACAGGAGAAUUCCAGCAGAAGAACUAGUCGAUGCAAUUAUAGUGAGGUGGAACGGUCAGCAAAAAGAAGAAAAAUAUGAUCGAAAAAAAGUUCAUAUCAGAACACUGGACGAUCUUGUUAAUGUCAACACACUAUUCACCUUGGCUGUGUUUGUUGGCUUGUCCCAGGCUUCGCCAGGCAUCCACAGCCUGGAGAAUCGCGAGGAGUGUAACGCUGGUCCAAGAGUAGCCAAAAUGCUGGUCCUCUACGAAGUGGUGGCCUUCGCCUGCUUCCUUUUAUCAAGCCUUGUCGCGAAAGUUCUUAAGCUUUUUCUGAGCUUGGAUGCUAGGAGAUUUAAGUUUGUUCGCCAAGGAUUUGUGUUGAAGGACUCCCUGUUGAUCUUAACAGCAAGUGCUUCAGUUUCAGGAAUUAUUCUGCUUUUGCUUUCGGUUGUUAAUGUAGUUCAGAUUCGAAUAGGGUUGUACUCUUGCGGAAGUGCUGAAGCAAGGAAAGCUAUCUGGGCUCUUUGCACAAUUGUGGCCAUUGCGUUGGUCAUUUAUGUUGUCUCCAUCAGUGUUGCUAUAUAUGCCUCUAUUACUGGUGAUGGGCUGUAUGAUCCGAUUCGGAGCAAUCGUGAAGCGUCGAAGGAAGAAAGCAACCAUGCUUAUACAAACGCUGAUCAAGAACUUGGUAUUACAGGGAAGCCGGAUGUGCAAGUUUAAUCAAAGUUCAACGAGGUGCCCAGAAGAAUAAUGUCAGUCUAACAGGAGUGUUAUUGACUUAGUGUAACUAAAAUGUUAUAUUUAAGUUCAGUCUGUGUUUAUGUUUUGUUGGUUUAUUAGAAUAGUAGAAUUUGUGUUCAA